AUGCUAAAAAAGCAGUUGAGGAGGCCAAAGAACAAAGGAGAACCAAUUACCCCUCAAUACCAGGAAUUAGUUGCCAAAAUUGCCAAGGUAGCCAUUGACGGAAUUGAAAAGGAAAGAGUUGAAUUAUACCGAGGUUAUAUCCGACCUACGCGUAAAAAUCUGGACGAACUAGAGCAACAUUUUCAAGAAAUUUUAGUGCAUAUUGACUACGCCCACCAAGAAUUUCCGCAAAUUUUUAGUGCUAAUUUCACUGACCAAAUCAAGCAAGAGAUAAAAAAAUUUCGGGAAGAAGCGGCUCCUUUACUCCGAAAAUUUGCUAAUCUUUAUGACCGAACGCUAGAAUUUGACGAAGAAAACUUUACUUGGGGAGAAGUUGAAAAGUUAUGGAAUGAAGCCCAACAAUUAGCCGCGGCACCACAACCUACUUCCUUUUUAAGUGAAUUAGCCGAAAAGCAAAAAACUCAUUUUUGGGGUGAAAUUACCCUUUACGCCCUUGGUUUUGUUGAAACGAUAAAUAAAGGAGAAAAAGACAUUCCUCCUAAUUGUUAUCCUUCUACCGCCCAAGAAUUAGACUUUCUGCAAAAAAUCGCCGAUGGAUUUCCGGCUCUGCUUGAAUUUGCGAAAAAAACCGGCGAAUUUGCUAAAUUAGAAGACCAAGAAACUAAAAUCCAAGAACUCCAACAAAAAAAUGAAGAAUUAAAAUCCUUCAUUCACCAACAAAGAAAAAAACUUGGUUCUUCCAAUCAACCCCAAAAACCUAAUCCCCAAGAUAUUCAAAAAAUAAACGAACAAUCCUCCGAAAUUAAUUCUUUAAAAAAACAAUUAAGCGAACUCCAAGAAAAAAUUAAAGAUUUAGAAAAGGAAAAGUCUUCCGCACCUAAAUCUGACCCAGAAAUUAAACAAAAAAUAGAAAGUUUGGAAAAACAAAAAGAAAACAUUCAACAGCAAAUUAAACAAAAAUCCGCUACCAAAAAACAAUUAGAGAAUAAAGUUAAUUCGGCUCAGAAUAAUAGUGGGUUUAAUUGA